AUGCAAAUCGAAAAUGAACCGAGUAGUGGUAGAGAAUUGAAAAUAAACGAAAUUGACGACAAGAAAAAUUAUAUGCAAAUAAUGAAAACUGCGCGAGAAUUGGAAGAAUCUGGAGAUUUUGUGAAGGAAGAAGAAGAGGGGAAAAGUGAGAAAAAGAAAAGAAAGAGGAAAUCCAGAAAACGAUCCAGGAAUAAGGAUUCUGAGGAAUCCGAAGAAGAACCGGCGAAAGAUAAUAACUUGGUAUUUAGGAUUUGUCUGAAAUCUUUUUUAUUUAUCUGAAAUUUCCAGCGCUUCUGGAUUAUCCUCAUCGUUCUCGCCAUCAUUUUAUUGCUUGUUGUUAUCGGAGCCGCGAUUUUCUUCAUAGUCUUCGCACUUGAACAAAUGAACAACAACAAAGAGUGAGUUAUUAUCGCUCCACCGAAAUAAACACGCAACGCAGACCGCGUCGCGCCACAACACACACACAAAUAAGGGAACGAUUCAAAUUCCCUCCCUUUUUUGUGUGUUGUGGCGCGGCGCGGUCUGCGUUGCGUGUUUAUUUCGGUGGAGCGCGUGGUGAGAUUUUCGAUAAUAAUCAAUUAAAAGAAAUUUCCAGAUCAUCCGAAAGUCUAGAAGAUCUAGUUAAACCUCUCGAAUACAAUUUAACGCUGAAAAUCGAUUCUGGAAAUCGAAAUCUGGCGACAUUUGGAAAUUUAUCAGCAAAAUUGGUGGUUUUGAAGAAAACUAGUCGAUUUUUGCUAUCUUCGGAUCAAAAAUUGAAGUUUGAUAUCAAGAAAAUCCACGUGUUCAAUGCUCAGAAUAAGGAAAUCACUGUGAAAUCGCUUGGCCAUGUGAACAAUAAUCAAAGCGUAGAAAUUGGCCUCGAAAUGGAGAUAGCUGAAAAUCAAGAGAUUAUUGUGCGAAUUUCCUACAAGGGUAGGAUUUUCAAACAUGUUCAAGAGGGAUUAUACCAAAAAUCUCAAGAGAAUAUAAAAGAUCCUAUAAUUAUCAGUCAAUUUUCACCGGAUUUCGGAAAAUUUGUAGUUCCUUGUGUAGAAGAUCCAAAAUAUAAGGCGAUUUGGCGAAUCUCGAUUAUUCAUCCGAUUGGAACUCAAGCGAUUUCAAGUGCUGAAGUUGAAGCUAGCAAAAAUCUGGAGGCUAAUUUCAAGCUCACAAAAUUCCAAGCUACUCCGAAUAUCUCAACUUAUCAUCUAGGAUUAGCUAUAGGGAUUUGGGAUUUUGAAAAAUCUGGAAUUUUUCAAGUCUUCUCGAGGCCUGAAGUUUCGAACAGAUUGAAAUAUAUCGCGUUGGAAGCUUCUGACAUCGCCAGAAAAAUGGAAGAAAUUUUGAAAAUCCCGCUUCCCGUGAAGAAGCUUGAUUUCCUAGUCAUUCAGGAUUUUCAACUCGAACCACAGGCUAAUUUCGGAUUGAUCUUCCUCAAUGAGAACGAUUUAUUGAUCGAAGAUUCUUGGGAAAAUGAGAUUGCUCUUCGGAAACGAGAAAUUCGAUUGUUGUUAUCAAAACAGAUUGCAAUGCAAUAUUUUGGGAAUUUUGUGACGAUGAAAAGUUGGGAUAGUGUUUGGUUGAAGGAGGGAUUGUCUGAGGUUUUUGGUGUGAUUGCGGUUGGAGGGGUUAGUUUGCCACAAAUGCCUGUGAACACUUUUCUGGAGCUCCAAAGUCACAUAGAAUUGAGUUUUGGUUUUCACCAUAUUCCUGGGUGAAAAAUCAAUGCUUAUAAUUUAAAUAAGGUUGUUCACCACAUUCGAAAACCUGUCAUCUUUUUAGUUUAUCAAAAAAUAUGAAAAACCAGCUGGAACCUGUAAUUUUUUAAAAAGUCAUGAUAAAUUUUUGAAAAUUUCAGUUUUCAGCUGGUUUUUCAUAUUUUUCUGAUAAACUAAAAAUAUUAUAGAUUAUCGAAUGUGCUGAAAAACCUUAUUCAAAUUAUAAGCAUUGAUUUUUCACCCAGGAAUAUGACGAAAACCAAAACUCAAUUCUAUGUAACUUUGGAGCUUCAGAAAAGUGCUCACAGGAAAUUGUGGAAAUUUUUGACAUCGGAAUCGUGAUCAGCAUGGUCGAUUUGGUGUAUUUCGAUGUGUUUCAUCGAAGUUGAGAACUGUGGCAGCUGUAAAAAAUAAAAAUCAGUGCAAAUCAUUACUUCGUCAGUCGCGUGCGGCUGUGCGUCGCGGUCGGGAAACAAAGGAAACAAUGAUUGUUGCCACGUCAUAAGAUCUUCCAAAUCUUGAUUUUUUGCAGGAAUCCCAAUUCGCCUCAACAAUUCAAAAACGCGCAUUUGACAGUGAAUUCAGCAAAAUCAACCUGCAUUCUCUAACUCAUACAAAAUCAGUUAGCACAAGUCUGCAAAAUGAUAUAAAUGGAGUGGAUUAUGGAAAAGCUUCUUCAAUUUUAUUUAUGAUUCGAAGAGUUUUGGGAAAUGAUGUAUUUUUGAGUGGAAUUCGAGAAUAUUUGAGCAAAAAUCAAUAUUCAUCUGUCACCGAAACGGAUUUAUUCGAGAAUCUUCAGAAAGCUUAUGACGUGGCGAGAAAUCAGGGUCAAUUAAAUGUCACGAUUUUUGCGCGAAGCUGGACUGAACAAAUUGGAUAUCCGGUGGUUUUUGUUGAACGAAUCGAUGAGCGACACAUCAAAUUGACGCAAAAAUUGUUUGAGCGAUUUUCGAUGGGACUUCCGAAGGCGAUUGCGAACAAAACGAAUAUGGAUUUUCGAUGGGAGAUUCCGAUUUGGUUUCAGGAUGGAUUGGUGAAGAAUUUUGAUGUGAAAUGGUUGAGAGGAGGUGAAUUUUUGUUCUAAUUUUUUAAAAUUCUGUACUUUGUUCCGAAAAUUUCGGGGGAUUAUGAGCAUUUUUAAAAAUUUUAUGUGGCCGAACUAUUUUGGUGGCCGAGAAAUGUCGGGAAUUCGGCCAAGGCAACAAACUCGCUCUAAUUCUGCAAAAAUUCUCGUUUGGCCGAAUUCUCGGCCACAUAGUAUUUUUUUCUGAAAUUUACCUUGCGCUCCACCGAAAUAAACACGCGACGCAGACCGCGUCGCGCCACAACACACAUAUAAGGGAACGGUUCAAAUUCCCUCCCUUUUUUAUGUGUGUUGUGGCGCGGCGCGGUCUGCGUUGCGUGUUUAUUUCGGUGGAGCGCGUGGUACCGAACCGAACUAUUUUGGUGGCCGAGAAAUGUCGGGAAUUCGGCCAACUCGCUCUAAUGUUGCAAAAAUUCUCAUUGUUGGCCGAAUCCCGACAUUUCUCGGCCAUAUAUCUUUUAAUUUUUCAAUUUUUUGUGAAGUAAAUGCAUUUUGAGAUUCAUUCAUCAAUAUUUGAACAUUUUAAAUUAGAAAAAUCUCACAAAACUUCCCAAAAACCAGAAAAUUUUCAGACGAACCUCUGCUUCUCGAAUCCAAAGGUCCAUUUGUCCUAAAUCUCGAUUCCAUCGGUUUCUAUCGAAUUCAUUAUUCCGAAAAAAUGUUCAAAUCAAUCUCCUCAAACCUCGAAUCCGAUCCACAUUGUUAUUCAGAAAGCACAAAACUUCGAAUCAUCGAAGAUGCAAAUUCUUUUGGUUAUUUGAAAAAUCUCGAAAAUUAUAUUAUGAAAGAACAUGAGCCGAUUCCAAUUGAAACGUAUUUGAAAGCACAAAAAGAUGAGGAUGGUUUGAGAUUUUUCGCAAAUCAUACUGUAGUUAAAGGCGAUUGGGAUUUUGUAGUGAAGAAUUAUUUGAAGGAGGAAAAUGUUGAGGAAGUGUGAGUUUUUUUUUUGAAAUUUUUUUAAGCUUAUAUAUUUUUAUCCUUUUUAGAAAAUCGGAACUUCUUGUGAUUUGUGAAAAAUGUCGAAACAAUGAUGAAAUUUGCGGUGAAAAAGCGAAAUUUUACUGGAAAAUACUUGAAAAACAGUGCAAAACUGGUCAAAUGCUGUCAACUUGUUUGAAAAUCCCGCCACCAAUUCGAAAAUUCGUAUUCUGCCGAUCGAAAUUGGAUGAUUUGAGUGGAGAAGUUCAGGAGAAGUUGGCGAAAUGGAAUUCGAUGGAGAAAAAUUGGAAUAUGGCACAGGAUUUGGGUUUUGGGUUUUAUUGUGAGAAUGGAUGGAAUCGAUUUGUGGAAAGUGAUAUUGGAGCGAAGAUUGAUGCGUUGAAUUGGUAG